AUGUAUCCAGACUGUCCAACUAUGAACGAUACCCCAGAAAUAUACCCACUUGCUAGGGACAAGGCCGAGUCCAGUCGGUUAGUUCGGAAUAUGCUCGAUCGUUAUGGCAAAGUACUUAAAAAACCCCCAAGGCUCAAUGCACAACACAAAUUUCUUAUCGACGUUGUCGACUGCCUCAUCGAUAGCGCAAUACCACUUGACAAUAUCUCCACCGUUGCCGAUGUUGGAACUGGAACUGGAAUAUGGCUUGUCGAAGCCCGGGAUUUCUUGAACACCAAACGCUUCUCCCCAGACCGCUACUUCCACGGUUUUGAUAUAUCCUCUGCCCAGUUUCCUUUAUCCCUUCCCGCAGGGAUUGGGUUCUCAGUGCAGGAUAUCUUGAAUCCGUUCCCAGUCGAGCAUCAUAAUCGUUAUGACUUAGUAUAUGUUAGGAUGCUUGUUACAGCAAUUAGAAAUACUGAGUAUCGGGAUGCCGUGAAGAAUCUGUUGACAAUUUUAAAACCCGGCGGCUUCCUCCAAUGGGUUGAACUCGACUGCUCUGCCCUCCCAAAUUCUAAGAAUUCCCAGAAUCCUAGGUCGGCUGUUAUAAUAUCCUCAUGGCUGAAAUUCUUUCAACUUAAUGGACUCAGUGAAUACGCUCCAUCCAUAAUAGAGGACGCAUAUGAGCGUUCAGGAAUGAUGGAUAUCAUUAACACAUCUUUCUCCCUGGAUAGACGUGGCGAAGACCUAAAAGCCAAGGCACAGAAAUGGCAGAUGCAGGCCUUUCCGGCGGCCACAGUGCCGAUUUAUGCUAAGAAUUGA